GGACAGACCGAGGGACUGAGGGCAGGGGGCGGGGGGGACGGCGAGGCCCGGCGCUGGAAUGCAGUUUUCUCGGGAGAGGGAGACUUUGCACCGGAGUGGAAACUAGUUUGGGGUGGGGUUUCUCACCGUCCCCUCCUCCCCAGCCCCGGGACCCCUCCCAGGCACUUUCUGGGAGCUUUUAGGACUGAGCUCUCAACUUCCCAGGGAGCUGGGAGCUCGCGCCGCAGGCAGAGACAAUGGAAGAAAAUGAAAGCCAGAAACAGGAGCCGAGCCUUCCUCGCUCCGCGGACUGCAGACAGUUGCAGGAACAAGGAAAAAGCAAUCUGCAUGUCACAUCAUUAGAAGAUGCGGAAUGCCGCAGGACCAAGGAAAGGCUUUCUAAUGGAAACAAUCGUGUUUCAGUUUCCAAGACUUCCCGAAAUAUCCCCAGGAGACACACCCUAGGAGGGCCGCGAAGUUCCAAAGAAAUACUGGGAAUGCAAACAUCUGAGAUGGAUAGGAAGAGAGAAGCGUUCCUGGAGCAUCUAAAGCAGAAAUAUCCCCACCAUGCCUCAGCAAUCAUGGGUCACCAAGAGAGGCUGAGAGACCAGACGAGAAGCCCCAAACUGUCUCAUAGUCCUCAACCUCCCACUCUGGGUGACCCGGUGGAACAUUUAUCAGAGACGUCAGGCGAUUCUUUGGAAGCCAUGUCUGAGGGGGACGUUCCAAGCCCUUUUUCCAGAGGCAGCCGGACUCGAGCGAGCCUUCCCGUGGUGAGGUCAACCAACCAGACGAAAGAAAGAUCUCUAGGGGUUCUCUAUCUCCAGUACGGAGAUGAAACCAAGCAGCUCAGGAUGCCGAACGAAAUCACAAGUGCAGACACAAUCCGUGCUCUCUUCGUAAGUGCCUUUCCGCAGCAGCUCACCAUGAAAAUGCUGGAGUCGCCCAGUGUUGCCAUUUACAUCAAAGAUGAAAGCAGAAAUGUCUAUUAUGAGCUAAAUGAUGUGAGGAACAUUCAAGACAGAUCCCUCCUCAAAGUGUACAACAAAGAUCCCGCGCAUGCAUUUAACCACACGCCUAAAACUGUGAAUGGAGACAUGAGGAUGCAGAGAGAAAUUCUUUAUGCCAGAGGAGAUGGCCCUGGUGCCUCCCGGCCUGGAUCUACAGCCCAUCCACCCCACAUGAUUCCGAAUUCCCCACCGUCCACUCCUGUGCCGCAUUCCAUGCCUCCCUCCCCAUCUCGAAUUCCUUAUGGGGGCACCCGCCCCAUGGUCAUUCCUGGCAAUGCCACCAUCCCCAGGGAUAGACUCUCCAGCCUGCCGGUCUCCAGACCCAUCUCACCAAGCCCGAGCGCCAUUCUAGAAAGGAGAGAUGUCAAGCCCGAUGAAGACAUGAGUGGCAAAAACAUCGCCAUGUACAGGAACGAGGGUUUCUAUGCCGAUCCUUACCUUUAUCAUGAGGGCCGGAUGAGCAUAGCCUCUUCCCAUGGUGGCCACCCGCUUGAUGUCCCCGAUCACAUCAUUGCAUAUCACCGCACGGCAAUUCGGUCAGCGAGUGCUUAUUGCAACCCCUCUUUGCAAGCGGAGAUGCAUAUGGAGCAGUCACUGUACAGACAGAAGUCAAGGAAAUAUCCAGAUAGCCAUUUGCCUACCCUGGGCUCCAAAACGCCCCCAGCCUCGCCGCACCGCGUCAGUGACCUGCGAAUGAUAGAUGUCCACGCACAUUACAACACCCACGGGCCCCCCCACACCAUGCAGCCAGACCGAGCCUCGCCCAGCCGCCAGUCCUUUAAAAAAGAGCCUGGCACCUUGGUGUACAUAGAAAAGCCACGGAAUACUGCAGGAUUUUCCGGCAUGGUGGACCUCGGCCCUCCUCUAGUUGAGAAGCAAGUUUUUGCUUACAGCACUGCUACGAUACCCAAAGACAGAGAGACCAGAGAGAGGAUGCAAGCCAUGGAGAAACAGAUUGCCAGUUUAACUGGCCUGGUUCAGUCUGCACUUUUUAAAGGGCCUAUUACAAGUUAUAGCAAAGAUGCAUCUAGUGAGAAAUUGAUGAAAACCACAGCCAGGAAUCACACAGACAGUACAGGAUCACCCCACGUGUCUGGUGGGAAGCCCCUGGGUGCCCUGGAGGCUGCAGCACCGCCCAGCCAGCCCCCGCCUGCGGGCGCCUCUGCCAUCCACGCGAGCCUGCUGGACAUGCGGCGCAGUGUGGCCGAGCUCAGGGUCCAACUGCAGCAGAUGCGGCAGCUCCAGCUGCAGAACCAGGAGCUGCUGAGGGCGAUGAUGAAGAAGGCUGAGCUGGAAAUCAGUGGCAAGGUGAUGGAAACCAUGAAGAGACUGGAGGACCCCGUGCAGCGCCAGCGCGUCCUGGUGGAGCAAGAGAGACAAAAAUACCUGCACGAGGAAGAGAAGAUCGUCAAGAAGCUCGGUGAGCUGGAAGACUUUGUCGAAGAGUUAAAGAAGGACUCCACGUCCGCUGGCCGGGUGGUGACUCUAAAAGACGUGGAAGAUGGGGCCUUCCUCCUGCGACAAGUGGGAGAAGCUGUAGCUACUCUGAAAGGAGAAUUUCCAACCUUACAAAACAAGAUGAGGGCCAUCCUACGCAUCGAGGUGGAGGCCGUGCGUUUUCUGAAGGAGGAGCCGCACAAGCUGGACAGUCUCCUGAAGCGUGUGCGCGGCAUGACGGAUGUCCUGACCAUGCUGCGGAGACAUGUCACUGAUGGUCUCCUGAAAGGCACAGAUGCAGCCCAAGCUGCACAGUACGUCGCUAUGGAGAAGGCCAUGGCCGCAGAAGUCCUGAAGAACCAGGAGGAGGCAGCCCAUACCUCUGGCCAGCCCCUCCACAGCACAGGGAUCUCGGGUGAUGUGAAGUCGGAAGAGAGGCUCGUGUCCGGCAUGACAGCGCACCACACACAGAGCUCUCCUGGGGUCGUCCAGCCCUCCCAGCACUCCUCGGGCCUGCUGAACCCUGCCCAGAACUUGCCCAUGGGGAAGGGUCCUCGCACAGCCAGCCCCCCAGCCAGCUCCCAAGAAGUGACCUCCACCCUGCACUCAGCACAGACUCCACAGUCCCCACACACACCCAUGAAUGGGUCCACCAUGCAGAGCUUGUUCAUUGAAGAAAUCCACGGUGUGAGUGCCAAGAACAGGGCAAUGUCUAUUGAGAAAGCAGAAAGGAAAUGGGAAGAAAAGAGACAAAAUCUGGACCAUUAUAAUGGGAAGGAAUUUGAGAAGCUUCUAGAAGAAGCUCAGGCCAAUAUCAUGAAAUCAAUCCCAAACCUGGAGAUGCCACCAAGCUCAGGCCCACCGUCAAAGGGAGAGGCUUCAGUGGACAGGCUAGAGUUAUCAGAAGACUCUUCAAAUUCAGAACAAGACAUGGACAAGCUGGGAGGAAAGUCACCCCCGCCUCCUCCCCCACCCCCUCGGCGAAGCUACCUGCCAGGAUCAGGGCUCACCACCACGAGGUCGGGCGAUGUGGUCUACACCGGCAGAAAGGAGCCCACCGCCACUAAGGCAAGCAGUGAGGAUGCCGGACCAAGCCCACAGACCAGAGCCAGUAAAGGUCCAGCAGAGGAGCCUGCUUCAGCCUGGACCUCGUCCCCACCGCCUGUCACUACCUCCUCAAAGAACGAGGAGGAGGAAGAGGAAGAAGGAGAGAAAAUAAUGGCUGAACUGCAGGCAUUCCAGAAGUGUUCUUUUAUGGAUGUAAAUUCAAACAGUCACGCUGAGCAGUCCCGGGCUGACAGUCACCUUAAAGACACUAGGCCGGGCACCACAGUCCCACCCAAGGAGAAGAAGAAUUUGGAAUUUUUCCACGAAGAUGUACGGAAAUCUGAUGUCGACUAUGAAAAUGGCCCCCACAUGGAAUCCCGCAAGGUUACCACAGGGGCUCUCAGACCUAGUGACCCUACUAAGUGGGAAAGAAGAAUGGAAAGUAGUUUUUCUGAUGCAUCAAGAACAUCAGAAUAUAAAGCCAACACCAUAAUGAAGGAAGAUUCUGUAUCCAGUAUGAAUUUACUCAGAGACAGUGGAAACUAUUCCCAGAAAAAUGUGCCUAAGGCCAAUGUCAGUCUCUCUGGCAUUAGUCCCUUAGAAGAUGAAAUGAACCAGGGGCCUAAAGUCUCGGGACUGCAGCACCCUCUACCCAGCACUGAAAAUCAGAAGGUGAAUUAUGGAAGGACAAAAGAAACAGAUCUCCAGGGACAUGAGGAGGCAGACAAGUGUCACCUCCCCUCUCCUGCUAGAGUGACGGAGUUCACUGUUCACGAUGUCAGUCGUGACACCAAAACACAAGAUCACGCGGUUCCCGUGACAGAUUUGAGCCAAGUGAUUCUAAGACCCAAGGGGGCUAAGCAAGCUAACGUGAGCCCUAGUGAGGAUGGAGAAUCAAGUCCAAGUUCUCCCACUGAAGAAAGUGCGGCCGCCGACAACAUUGCCUUCAUGAUUACCAAAACGGCUGUCCAAGUUCUCUCCAGCGGGGAGGUUCGAGAUAUAGUGAGCCAAAAGGGAGAGGAUGUACAGACGGUAAAUAUUGAUGUAAAAAAAGAGAGGACCUCCCAGCAAGAAGGGCCUGACAAUGAAGAGCCAGUCGUGUGUCUAGACAAGAAGCCGGUGAUCAUUAUUUUCGACGAGCCCAUGGACAUCCGGUCUGCCUAUAAGAGACUUUCCACUAUAUUUGAGGAAUGUGAUGAGGAAUUAGAGAAAAUGAUGACAGAGGAAAAGAUAGACGAGGAAGAAGAGGAGGAAAACGGUGACCCUGGGGUCCAGAACAACGCUCCCCAAACGUCUCAUAGGAAGGUUCCCUUGGACAGUCUUAGAACAGGAGAACAGGCGGAAACAGAAUCGCAGCCACACUCCCUGAUGGCCGAGCGCAAAACCCCAGGAAUGAGUAAAACCGACCUGGGCAGGUUCAGCCAGGCGGAUCCUCCCAGCGCAGAAAACAAGGGGGACGAUGGGACCGAUGACCAGUUUGAAAGCCCCAAGAAAAAGUUUAAAUUCAGAUUCCCUAAGAAGCAACUCGCAGCCCUCACUCAGGCCAUUCGCACAGGAACCAAAACGGGGAAGAAGACGCUGCAGGUGGUGGUGUACGAGGAGGAGGAAGAGGAUGGUACUUUGAAGCAGCACAAGGAGGCCAGGCGCUUUGAAAUCGCUCGGUCUCAACCCGAAGGUGUGGCUAAGAGUGUGGCUGGGAGAGAAGGGCAGCCUGGUCUCGAGGGCACAGCUCAGAUUUCAAGAACUGAUGAAAUUAGAAAAAAUACCUACAGAACGUUGGACAGUCUGGAACAGACCAUUAAACAGCUGGAAAACACCAUCAGCGAAAUGAGCCCCAAAGCCCUGGUUGAGACCUCCUGUUUUUCCGACAGAGAUUCCGUUGCAAGCUCAUCCCUCAUAGCCCCAGAGGCACCUCCCCGACCCUUGCUAGUUCCGGACGAAGCCCCCACUGCCCUAGGGCCCCCCACGUCAAUAACUACAGCUUCACGUAAGGGCCCCAGUGGGACCCCGCAGACAAGCAGGAUGCCCAUCCCCAUGAGCACCAAGAAUAGACCCGGAAGCCUGGACAAAGCUGGCAAGCCGUCCAAACUUCAGGAUCCCCGCCAAUAUCGUCAGGCUAAUGGAAGUGCUAAGAAAGCUGGUGGGGAAUAUAAACCUACUUCCCCCUCCUUACCUGCUUCUAAGAUUCCAGCCCUUUCUCCCAGCUCUGGGAAAAGCAGCUCUCUGCCCUCUUCUGCUGGUGACAGCCCUAACCUCCCUAAUCCACCUGCUACUAAACCGUCAAUUCCUUCUAACCCUCUCAGCUCCCAAACAGGACGACCCGCUCACUCUGCCUCCCUCAUCCCUUCUGUUCCUAAUGGCUCCUUAAAGUUUCAGAGCCCCACUCACACAGGGAAAGGUCAUCACCUUUCAUGCUCACUGCAGACUCAAAAUGGCCGAGCCGUCCCUCCUUCCUCCGCCUCCUCUUCCCCUCCCUCCCCUGCCUCCCCCACCUCCCUGAACCAAGGUGCCAAGGGCGUCAGAACCAUCCACACUCCUAGCCUCACCAGCUACAAGGCACAGAAUGGAAGUUCAAGCAAAGCCACCCCGCCCACUGCAAAGGAAACCUCUUAAAGGCCAAAUCCCAUUAGGCACAAGUUGGAGUUACCUUAAAAGGAAAAAAAAAAUGUUUUAGCAGCCUGCAACAACUGUUUUCACAAGAGAAUGUAACAUAUUGCUGUGUUGUGUGAGGCUUCACGCUAAGUAUGUGCUAAAUACUGGAUUAAUAGAUUGCAGUCAAACUUGUUUGUUUUAUUUUUUUACCUUGUUGCUGUUGUAACCACAUAGUGUUUACUGUCUAUAUCCAAUAUCUAUUGAAGUGCAGUAAGCAUGUGUUCCAAACAGAGAGUGUGGUGAGAGAGAGAGACUGGUGUGUGGGAGACGGGAACAUUGUAUUCAGCAUGUAAAACCUGUACGAUUACCAGAACUUUAGUAUGUUUUGUAUAAAAAUAUUUUUCAUUACGGAGACUAGAAGUGAGCAGAGAAAUACACAAGUGUGACUAUACAAAUUGUAAAACAGAUACUAUAAUAUUUCCUUUUAUUUUAGUGUUAUUUAGAUUUAUUACAGAUUUCUAUUUUUGUCAAAACUUCAUGGUUUCUUUCAAGAUCUUUUUUGCCAAAACAUUUUGAUACUGUAGCAUUGUACAUUUGAAAGUAGCGUGCUAGACUAUAAGCCAAUGAACUUCUGCACAGACCAACAGGGGGCGUGUGUAGAAGGCAAUUUAUCAAAUCUAUUGCACUGCCAUGAAAAGGUAUGUAUAAUAAUUUGCUAGCCCAAGCAAGCUUAUUUUCUUUGCUUGCAUUUUUUUUCUUUCUUCCUUCCUUUCCUUCUUUCUUUCUUUUUUGUUUUUCUUCUUCUUCUUUUUUUUUUUUUUUUAACAUAUCAAGGUUCUCAAGUUGUUUUCUUUGCAAUCUCUAACCCCUUCUUUGGUUUUCUGAGACCUGGUAACCCACGUUCUUGCAUUGUGGAUUUUAAAAUGUACACUUCUGUACGGUUCUGUAAACUGUUAACCUUUGUAAAUAUAUAAAUACAAAUAGACAUUAAAAUACUGUAUGUGACAGCACAUAGGGUAGUUUUCCCACACCAAAGUUAAUUUCUAUGCAUGCUUUAAAAGUAUAUAUCAGGAUGGGCAGAAAGGGGACUGACUCUCCAUACAUUUUUAAAAAGCCACAAGUUUGCACAGUUAGAGUGUUUUUGUAAAUAAAUGUAUUUGUAUAACACAGUCAUGUAAUAUACAAAACUAUAAGCAGAGACUUUGCAAAACUAAAAAUAAAAUAAAGGGCUGCAUGCUUACUAUUUUUUUGUACCGCGUCACUAUAACUACUUCCUAGUCAAAGAAUAAAAUGUAACCGUUCCCAAGUUAAAUGUUGUUGGCUUUAAGGGAUGUAACUACCCACGUCCAUUCCGAUGACACUACUCUUCUAAAAGCUCUGGGUGAUUAUGGAUGAGUUGCUAAUAAAUGAAUUGCAAGUGUGGUGCCUUGGA